GCCCCCAUUUCUGACAGACAUCAUGAAGACAGCAGUGAUCCUCCUGGCUCUGUCUCUCCUCCACGUCUGCUCUCCUGUCCCCAUCAGCCGCCCAACCAACUGGCUCAGACAAUGUCGUGCCUCCACCAACCUCUCCAUCACAGCACUGGAGGUGCUGCCAGGUGGAGGCUGGGACAAUCUACGCAACAUGGAUAUGGGUCGAGUCAUGAACCUCAGCUACUUCCAGUGCCAGACCACUGAAGACGGGCUCUACCUCAUCCCAGAUGAAAUAUUUGUCAUCCCCCAGAAGGAGACGGGUGUGGAGACCAACUCGGAGAUAAUCAGCUCCUGGCUGGAGCAGAAAAGUUCUACAUCUCAAACCAUAAACGAGGACAUGUCCUUCCUCAAACUGCUGAAUGGCAAAUUUUCUACUGAGAGCCAGAGGAUGAAAAUCCAUGAGGUCAAAGACUCUUCAACUACAACCAGAGUACAGUGCAGUCAGCACCUUGCUACAGUGAGUGACGGCUGUGAAAUUCUUUACUGUGUUCAGUCAGGACUGUUCACAGGUGGGCAGCUUCAACCAAUCCAUCUGCCCCCUUUCACUAAUGCUCCACUUCUCAGCAUGCAAGCCAGCAACACGGUAAUGGUGAUGACGGGGGGGAAAGAGCUGGGCAAAAAAAUGGGGCAGACCAAAAUGUGGAAACUGGCCAAACCAGAGGAAAUCAAGGAAAUAAUGGAAAGGCUGAACACAGAAUCGAAUCAGAUGUCCAGUGGAGAAAAGGCAGGGAUAGCCUUUGGGGUGAUGGGUAUGAUGGCAGUGGUGAUAGUAGUGGCGGUAGUGCUGGUGAAGAGGAGGAGAAGACUGUCUGGGUUUGUGACAGCUAGAGGCUAUGAGGAAAUACGUGGAGAGGUUGAGCAUGGUGAAGGCGAGAGGGAGCCACAGACAGAUGAGGCUUAAGAAUCCACAGCGUAGAGACAAUUAGUAAUGUACAUUUUAACUAUUAAAAGUACACUUGUUGCCUGAUAACAUGAUGUGUACUUUAAGCCAUUGUUUUGCAUUUUGCAUUUGCAGACUUAGGAAGAUAUCAUAUAGAAUUAUGUUAACAGCUGAGACAGCUGACUCCAGAGCAAUCCGAUUCUGAAAUAAUGAAAUGAUACAGUGCAAGCAGAAGUGGUUUCCAAAGGCCACGGUUAACCAGUACUCCGCCCAUGAGGCCAAGAUGCACAAUGCCACGUUUCAUUUCCUGUUUCAUACCAUGUAUUUUAUUUUACAAUGUUUUAUCUUUACCUUUAUUAAUUUUUACCCGUUAAUGUUUAUUUUUAUUGUUGAUUUUGUCUAUGUAAAUCACUGUGAACUGCCUCUGUGUAUGAAAUGUGCUGUAUAGAUAAAAUUCUUCAAAUUCUUCUAUAGAUGAUUGAUUAAAACAAUUUGCUAUUUAAGAAUAAAUGCCUUAGCUUGAUGGUUUAUUAUUUUUCGUUCUUUAUGUAUCAUGCUAA